AUGAUUGAGCAACCGCAGGAACCAGUGAGCCAGAUUAAUCGACGUGUGAAGUACGACAAGCGCUUCAAAAUCCCCCGGCAUUCGCAAAGAACCCUCUCAAUGAUGAGAUUCUCCAACGGAAUGGCAGAAGGUUUUGUAAAGAAGAUGGAGGAGGUUGGGCGGAAAAUGGACGACAACUCGGAAGCCAAGGUCAAAGAGGCCAAGGCGCGCGUGCGAAGCGACCGCGACGAGGCGGCCGCCAAUGACCUCGAGGUGCUGACGGUGCUCGCGCAGGGGUCGGCCAUGUGCGAUGACGUCAGCACGCGCGAGCAGCUGCACCGCGAGAUGCAACUAGCGAUGGCGAACAUCCUGCCGGGGGCGCACCUGGCUGCGGCCGCACCCAAAGGCAAGGAGGUCUGCGUCCCCCUCUCCCCCGUAAUCAUCUCCUUCGCCGAACUUCCGCCGGACUACAUCCGCAUCCACGAUCCCGCGACACAGCAAGACACGCUCGCCAAAAUGAAGGCCAAAAUCAGCCGGCUCGUCCAGUGCGGCCUCCUCCUGACCAGAACAAACCUGGGGGGCUUCGACUUUUACUACCUGCUCCUUUCGCGAUUGGAACAAGUUCUCGUGGUCAAGGGGGGGUGCGGCUGGGGAAAUGCGGUGGGCGAGUUUCUGGACGCCGACGGUUUUGAGCUGGUCCGCAAGCUGACCCAGCGCGCGCCUCCGGAGUACGCGGGCCGGCUCGUCCACAUCAUUUGCCUGCUCAUACUGCGGCUCAUUGCGCCGCUCCAAGGCGGCCUCAGCACCGAACAGCGCGCGCACGCGCCCAUGGAGCAGCUGUUCGCGGACCUGCGCGCGCUCAUCGAGCGCGCGAAGCAGAGCGACGCGUUCGCCGCCGGCGUGCUGUGCGCGUGCAUCCUGGCGGACAAGAACCUCGUCAAGCCGCUGGUCGAGCAAGGCCUCCUGCCAUACCUGGUCGAGUACGCAAGAAGGCUCCAGCCGCGGCCGCGGCUCGACUUUCCACUGCAGGCCACGCAGGAUGAACUGGACCCAUCGUCGCUCACAAACAUUCUCAUUGCGUUCGCAAAGCUGGCUGACGUGACCGAGGAAUAUUCGACCCUGCCCGAGCCCGAGCAACCUUACUGGCACGUGCCGCCUCCAACGCCCACUUCUCUCGCGUGGGUCAUUCGCUCGAGCGGGAUUGCCAACGUCAUGCAAGAAGCUCUCGCGCGGGGGGGUAACGACCUCGUCACGCCCAUUCUCCGGUACAGACUCGACUGGAUCAAUCUGUACGCAACGGGGCGGCCCGAACCGCUCAACUGCGCCUUCUCCGAUACCCCCCACUGCCAAACGUUCAGCUGCGCGGGGGACUGCGAGCGCGUGCAGACGUUCCGGUUUAAGAUCCGCGUGGAAGGCCACGUGCCCGAGGAUGAUUGCGAGGAGGGGGAAGAUCCGGCGGAGGAGUACACCCCCCAGGAGAAGAAGCGCCGGCUGGAGAAAAGGAAAAAGAAGGUGGGCGACAAGGCGGCGACGCCCUUGCACACGCGCGCGCGCGUCGUGGACGCGUCGUCGGUCGUGCUGGUCGCCGUUCCGGUCAACGACCCCGAUGCGGCGGAAACGGAAUCCAUGGACGAGGACGCGGCCGCGGAGGAGCCCGAGGCGGCCGCGGAGCCGACAGAAUUCGGCUGCCCGAUGUGCGAAGCGCGCUUCGAGAGCGCGCGCGCGCUCGAGCGCCACGUGGACGGGUGCGGCCUGGACAACGAGCCCGCGCGCGCAGCGGAGCCGAUUUACACCUGCCCGCUCUGCUCGGCGACCUUCACCGACGAGGGCCAGGCGGGCGUCCACGUGGCAAUCUGCGGGGAUCCGGCCGCCGAAGCGGCCGCGUGGGGCUUCGAGGACGGAAGGGAGUGCCCAAUCUGCGAGAAGAAGUUCUCGCGGCUGGCUGACCUGGAGACGCACGCGGGGGCCUGUGGGCUGCCGCCAAGUGGCAGCACCGGUGUGGCCGCUGGGCCGAGCAGCAGCAAAGCAAACGCAAGUGCAGGCAGCAGCAAGCCAAAGGCCACCGCAGGCAACAGCGAAUCAAACACCCCUGCAAAUGAAGCGGAAGAAAAAGACGGCUCCCACUUCGUUCUCGGUCCGCCGCUCGCUCCCUGGCCUCGCCCCGUUCUCCAGGCCAACCCCCUCGGAGGCUGCUCAACCGGCUUCCGGUGCCCGGUUUGUUCCCUGGACUUCUCCACCGGAACGGAACUCAUCGCCCACAUGCGGGACACCUGCCUGGAGAGCGCGGGCGCCCGGGACAGUCCCCCGGGCGCGCGCGCGCGACGCCUCACGCAGUGCCCCAACUGCGACCUUGACCUCUGCGCGCUCACGCCGCUGCUCGCGCACCUGCGCGCGUGCGCCGUGGCGUUCGUCUGCUGGAAGUGCGGCGAGCGCUUCGCCGCGGCCGCGGUGCGCGACGCUCACCAGGCGCAGUGCGCGGUCCUGAACGGGAUGGCGGGCGCGUGCGGGCCGCCCCGAGGCCACUACCGCUGCGACCGGUGCUUCAAGGAGUUCGACACGCUGGGUGAGGCGAGGCAGCACGGGGAGUCGGUUUGCUGGCCCGGGAAGCCAGGGUGCGAAAAGUGCGGCUCUGCUUUUCCGUCGGUGCAAGAACGGUUCGAGCACCAGGCGGGGUGCUCCACCGGUCGCCCCCUCGCGCGGCCAAGCGCGCCGCAGAGGCAUGAGUUCAAACCUCGGGCGGUCGCCCUGCGCGCCGCGGCCACGCCUCCGAUGGACAAGACUCAAAGCGGCAAACCCGAGGAGUCGCAGAAGACGGGAACGACGGGAGAAACGAGCCUGCGAGUUGCGCUUCGCAGAGCGGAAAUAGAAACGGAAACGGACCCGGAAACGGAAGACGGAGAGGGCUUUUUGCAGAAUCAGCAGCCUGAAGUAGGCGGCUCUAUCGGCGCGGCCGCGACAGAGGGUUUGGGAGAGGACCCGGGCGUGGCGAGGGGUUUGGCAGAAAACGCGGCCGCGGCGGCGGUGUUGACCGGGAGCGCGAGCGCGGCCGUGGCAGAAGGCGACGAGGAUAUGGAGGAACCCCCGACUGGUACUUUUGGCGCUGAGGGGCCGGGACACGAAGAGAUUAUGCCACGUGGCGUUGCGGAGAUGGGAGCAGCUGACGUGACGGGAUUUAGAAACGACGACUUUGAAAGGGUAUUUCCCGAAGACGCGGCCAAGGAAGCCGAACAGAUGCGUCGGGAGGAUAAGGAAGCGACGAGAAUCGAUAGCGACUGGGUGGUUCUGCCAGGUGCGGAGGGAGGUCCCUGAGAAAUGACAUAAUCGCGGCGCGGCUCAGCAUCAAAUGCGCGGAAAGAAAGGAUUCUGGUGAUCUCAAGGGACUGGAAACGGGCUACGGGUGUCGGAUUUCGGCGAAGGGCCGCGCUUUUAGAAAUGCACUUGUCUUUCUGCAUGGAGUGGGAGAUGAGGGAUUGAAAGUCUCAAUCGGAGCGAGAUCAAGCUGUCGAGGCUGCAUCUUUCCGACGUGCUGUGCGUCAAACCUCAAAAGCACCAAGCGCACUCAAGCUUGUGCCUCGGUAGUUAGUCGAACGAGAUCAAAAACGUAUAGUUACCGGGCCGGCCCGGAUGGGCCAACACAAAGUGCGUCCGCGCCUCCUUAAAUUGAAUGAUCGCAGCAUGAAUCGUUGUGUGUGGGAUUGAGCAGUAGUCACCGAGUUUGGGGUGAAAUCUCCGGCUAUAGUCUUAAAAACCAGGUUACCAAAUAAAUGUAAGCUAGGAUAUCUGCAUAGUACCAUGAUAGAGGACUUCUUUUGCAAGACUUGUUGUCACGAACGUUACUCGCCGGGUGUGCAUACGAG